AUGACUGAUGAGAAGGCCUUCCGCAUCGGCUUCAUCAUGCUGGGGCUCUUUCUGCUGGCCCUUGGCACGUUCCUCAUGAGCCACGACCGGCCCCAGGUCUAUGGCACCUUCUACGCCAUGGGAGGCAUCAUGGUGAUCGGGGGCGUCAUCUGGAGCAUGUGCCAAUGCUACCCCAAGAUCACCUUUGUACCUGCUGACUCUGACUUCCAAGGUGUCCUAUCCACCAAGGCGAAGACACUGGGCCUUCUGGAGAGUGGGCUUGCUGCCGAGAUGAAGAGCCCCCAGCCCCCCUACGUCAGGCUGUGGGAGGCAGCUGCCUACGACCAGAGCCUGCCUGACUUCAGCCACAUCCAGAUGAAGGUCAUGAGCUACAGUGAGGACCCCCGCCCCCUCCUGGCCCCGGAACCCGGACAGCGGCAGCCAGGAGCCAGCGAUGGAGGAGAAAGUGGCCCUCGUGACCCUCAGGGCUGGUUGGAAGCCGCUGUGGUCAUCCACAGGGGCUCGGACCAGGAUGAGGGAGAAAGAGACCCAAGUCAGGGCAGACACAGCCCCCCGACCUGUCCCCAGGGUCCUGCACCCUUGGCUUCCUUCCAAGAUGACCUGGACGUGGACUCCAGUGAGGGGAGCAGCCCCAGCCCAUCUCCACCUGAGGAAGCGGAACCUCAGCCCCCGCCUCCAGAGUCCUGGACCUGCAGGUGCCAGCGGGACCGCUUCCAUGACUUUGCCCUGAUUGAUGCCCCCACGACGGAGGAUGUGCCUCCAGAGAAGCAGCGACGGGAGGCAGCCGUGCCUAGCUCCCAGCAGAGGUCCCCAAGGACAAAAGAGGAAGAAGAGGUUUCAGACACAGGCACAGAGGGGCCGGCACAGGAAGAGGAGGACCUGUACUAUGGGCUUCCCGACAGCCCCGGGGAUCCCCUCCCAGACAAGGAACUGGGCUUUGAACCUGAGGCCCAGGGCUGA